AUGGGGGAGAUAUCCAGAGGUGAUUUGAUCAAUCUGGUUUUUACUUUCAACUCCAGUUCAGGUGACAGGGGAUUUAUAGGUUUUCCUGGGCCACCAGGCCCCCCUGGAUUCCCAGGAGUAGAAGGCCCACCAGGAUAUAAAGGACAAAAGGGAAAUCUAGGAAUUGCAGGAUCUACAGGACCUAAAGGAUUCAGAGGGAGCUUGGGUAAUCCCGGUAUUCCAGGGAUCCCAGGAAUUCCAGGAGAGCCAGGACAAGAAGGGCCGCCCGGAGAACCCGGUAUUCCUGGUUGCAAUGGAACAAAGGGAGAAAGCGGUCCAUCUGGACCAACAGGAUUUGGACAACCAGGAUCACCAGGACCAAGGGGAGAUCCAGGACCACAGGGACCGCCCGGUGAAACAACUUUCGGAGUCAAAGGAAUAAAAGGAGAACCAGGAAGACCCGGCCGAGAUGGUUAUGACGGAAUUGUUGGAAACCCUGGACCAACUGGUCCUAGAGGACCCACAGGAGAUCCUGGUUUAUUGGGCACAAAAGGAGCCAGGGGUUUUAAGGGAGAUCCCGGUAAACAUGAAGUCAGUUUUCGAGGGCCUAAAGGUGAAAAGGGUGAUGGAGGUCUGCCAGGAAGAGCUGGUGAGUCCUGCAAGGGUCAGACGUUCUCUGGGAACACUACCUUCGAGGGGCCACCGGGGCCGCCAGGAGAAAAGGUAACCCUUCUAUACCACCACCACGCUACCACUACCACGCCAUCAUCACCACCACCAUCAUCUUCUUUACGUAUUCCAAUUUUCUGUGUCCACCCUGCAUGGUUUUAA